AUACUAAUCUAUAGACAUAAGUAGAAGAAAUAUUUGUGAUUUUCAUUUUAUUUAGUUUGAAGACGUCGAAACAACAAUGUCUUAUUGGACAUUUUUAUUGGUGUCAAGUGUGUUACUGGGAAUUGUACGACCAAAUCCAAUAACCAGUCGUGUUGUAGGUGGUCAUGAUGCUAUUUCAAAACAAUUUCCUCAUCAGAUCUCGUUACGUCGACAUCAUAGCCAUAUAUGUGGAGGUUCCAUUAUAAGUAAUAGAUACGUUUUAACCGCAGCUCAUUGUGUAGUUGUUCAAGGAACUGAGCCCUAUCCGGCUGAACAUUUCACUAUUCGCGCUGGCACCAUUAAUCGAAUUGCUGGAGGUGUUAUCAUACCCGUUAAAAGAGUUUUAGUACAUCCCGGUUAUGCUGUUUACAAUGAUUUGGCAUUGUUGGAAUUAAAAGAAGAACUAAUAUUUUCAGAUUCAAUACAAUCCAUAGAAUUGUAUGACAGUGAAGUUCCUGCAAAUUCGGACGUCGUCAUAUCGGGUUGGGGAUUAACGGAGCAUGCUGGUGCAAAUUUGCCCAUUAUUUUGCAAUGGUAUACCGUGACAGCCUUAUCUAAAACAAGUUGUGCAACAAAAAUGGGAUUCUAUACUGAUGCUUUGAUCUGCUUGAACCACCCAACUGGUUCUGGUGCAUGUAAUGGUGAUUCCGGAGGACCUGCUACGUACAAUGGCAAACUUGUCGGAGUUGCUGGUUUUGUAGUAAUUAAAUGUGGCUCAUCUAGACCCGAUGGAUAUGCAAAAGUUGCCUAUAAUAUUGAUUGGAUUAGAGAAAAUAUGAUUUAAAUUGAUUUUCUUUUAUACAUACAUUCCUACAUAAAAUAAAUACAUUUUAGCCGUACGCUCUUGAUACAGAGAGAGUGUAUUCUUGGCGAAGCCGGUGUCCAAUAUACUCCAGAUGAUAUAACCCUUGCGACCGGCCGAAGGCAAUUAAACA